ACUUGCCGCGAUGUCAGUGUCGUUCUUGGGUCCCCGAUACCACAGUUAGUUGUAUAUCACACAGUAGAGUGCAGAUCAGUUUCCCAGUUGCAUCGCUUCUCCUUUUCUUCCCGAAGUGCAAGGUCGGUGCUGUGAGUUUUCCCUGCAAAGUUCGAAGGCGUGCCUACAGGAAAAGUUGCCUGUUUGUUCCGGCCUGAGCUAUCACCGAAUUAUUGCCGAAGAGCGGUACUCUGAAAUUGGAACGAAACCGAAACUUAUGCCCGAGAGGAUUUCAGUUUUCCCUUUUCAUGUAAUAUCCCGGAGAGUAUGUUGUAGUUCAUAGCCAAUUCCUGAAGAAAGGGUUUCAAUAUCUUUGCUGCUUUUCAGCGAAGAUAAAAACAGAUUUUUUUGAGUUUUGAAAGAAAAUGAUAGUGAUUCUAAUUUGGCAACCUUUGUGAAUAUUUACAGAAGUCAAAAUGGUCGAGUCGUGGAUUUCCGGUGGUUCGGAAAUAUCGGAACAAGAUGAAGUACGUGUUCCACUUGCUGCCACACCUAUUAGUGAAACAAAUGGCAACGGUUGCCAUGCAAAUGGACAUCAUCCCAAACCUGUGGCGAAUGGUCAUACUGAUAGUGAAAUCAGAGUAGUGAGAUUUGCCGAACCAGAAAUGUUAGAAACCUUAGAUUGUGGCAUGUUUUCCUUCAGACCAAACUGGUUGCAACCACUUGCCAACAAAAAAGCCUUCCUGGUUGUAUUCUGCCUGACCAGUGUGCUUCAAGGAAUGUACUAUACCUAUUUUGUGAGUGUCCUAACUACCAUAGAGAAACUGUUCCAGAUUCAGAGCAAGACUACAGGGAUUAUCAUGUCAGCUACUGAAAUUGGACAGAUCGGAGGAGCUUUAUUGUUAACUUAUUAUGGAGGCCAAGGCCAUCGUCCUAAAUGGAUUUCUUUCGGCAUGCUUAUAUUUGCUGGAGCAUCCAUUCUAUGUUCCACGCCCCAUUUUAUCUUUGGUACAGGAGAGGAUUAUUCACAUAAAUACUCGCAAACUGGACCUAUCAAUGCUUCUGCUUAUAAAUUGCGUGAAUUGAAUGCAAGAUUGUGCCACGACUUGAGACCGUUCAAAAAUGUCUCAAGAAGCGAACUUUCCAAGUCUCCCAGAGACAUACCUUCCAGCAUUGAUUCAUUCUUUUCGGAAAAUACUACGAAUGAUGGAGAGGUAUCUGUUUCUAAGACACAUUUCUACAAAGGUCGCCUUGCUUCACGAUGUGACUCUCCAGAUAACACUGCUUACCAGAACAAAGUUACUCAUGCUGUCUUAGCUGUAUUUUUUGUAAGUCUCUUCUUUAUUGGCAUUGGAGCAACAGCUGUUUAUACACUUGGCAUACCUUAUAUUGAUGAUAAUGUCGCAACACGAGAAUCUCCUCUUUAUUUUGGAAUUACUAUUGGAGUCCGUAUUUUUGGUCCCGUUUUCGGAUUUCUUCUUGGAUCAUUCUGCACUAGCAUUUAUUUGAACUUUCCAUUUGCUAACCCAGGAAUUACUUCUGACGAUCCCCAAUGGAUUGGAGCUUGGUGGUUGGGGGUUUUCAUAGUAGGAGCAGCUCUGAUUUUUACAUCUAUACCAAUGAUGUGUUUCCCAAAAAAACUUCCUGGACAAGGAUCCGUAAAGCCCACCAGAAAUGGUACCACAGCCAACAGGCACACUCGCCAUAUAGCGCCUGCUGCUCCUGUUCGGAAAAAUAAGAAGCCCAGCUUGAAAGAUUUCCCUGCUGCAAUGAAAAGAUUACUUAAGAACGACAUCCUUCUGUAUCGUACUGCUAGCAGUGUUCUCCAUAUUCUUCCAAUAGCAGGCCUCUAUACUUUCCUACCCAAAUAUUUAGAGAGCCAAUUUCAACUAAGUGCUACUAAAGCUAACAUGAUAUCAGGCAUGGCUGGUAUUUUGGUUAUGGGUGUUGGCAUUUUCGCAAGCGGUUCCUUCAUGCGUACUUUCAAGCCAACUGCUCGAUUUGUCGCCAAAUGGAUUGCUGCUUCCGCCCUUGCUUAUUCAAUCGGCAUGUUCAUUCUUAUGUGGCUCGGAUGUCCUCUCAAUGAUUUUGUUGGGGUCAAUUUAUCUCUCAAUGGUAAACCUGGACCCGCUGUUCAAGCUUGCAAUACAACUUGUGAAUGCCGCCUUGGAGAAUUUGCUCCUAUUUGUGCUUCCGAUGGUAAAACAUAUCUCUCUCCCUGUGUCGCUGGUUGCACCAAAGUUGUAGCAGAUGGUGAUGAUUACACUUACAUGGAUUGCCAGUGCUUGGGAGAAGGAGUAACAGCCAAAAAUGGAUUCUGUGAAUUACAAUGCAACAACCUUACUUGGUAUAUUGUAAUAUUCUCAUUUUUUGUUCUCAUUCACUCAACAUCUGAGGUCGGGUCCAUGCUAUUAACUCUAAGAUGCGUGGAGCCUGAAGAUAAAGCCAUGGCUCUAGGAUUAAUAUCCUUUGCUAUUGGACUAUUUGGUAAUGUUCCAUGCCCGGUAAUUUACGGAGCAGUGGUCGACUCUGCAUGCUUGUUUUGGGAAGACAACUGCGGAGAACCAGGAGCUUGUCGUUUAUACGAUCCAGUCAAAUUUCGAAUGAUGUUCCAUGGCUUAACAGCCAUCAUCAUGCUUGGAGCCUUCGUCGUAGACGCUCUUGUCUGCUACAAAGCUUCAAACGUUCGUUUCAACGAUGAUGAAGUGCCUGACGCAGAACCUAAGCCAAAUGAGUUGCCACCCAACUCAGAAUCAGCAGUGUGAUGCCGCCAUCAACAAUUCAUAUACAUCAAUCUUAAACAUCUUCAGACAUUUGUGUGCAUUUAAGUGUCACUGAACUCCUUCCAGAAAGCUGGGUUUAAGUAUGACGCAAUGAGAGCAUUUCAUCAAAAGAUGUUUGUUAGUGUUUGUUGGUUACUUUGAGAAUUGUAUAUCCCAGUUAACUGCUUUUUGAGACUUUGACUCGUUGAAUGUCUAUUUACAUGUAUCUCACGUCCAUGCAUUUGCAUAUUUUUUGUUCCUUUUUAUCUGAAUCACGAUGGCUGCCAUAAUUUUAAGUAUAUUUUUUAAUGAGGGAACAUUGUUUGUGUAUCAUUUUUUGGUGAUUUGUUAUUGGAUUCGUAUACUGAAGAGAAUGUUGAUCGAUAUACCUUUGUAUAAGAAUUAACUGCGCAUUCUUGUGACAUUUAUAUUUUUGAGUAAAAAUCAAAAUUUUGAGAAAGAAAUGAUAUUUACAUCAUGGUGAUGACUUUAUGUAAUGACCUUACAAGGUAUGUGACUGUGUAAUUGUACUAACUAAUGCAUUAAAUGUGAUUCUGUUUU